AUGGGCGAACAACUGCCGGCUGUUUCCUUAGAUGCACUCCACUCUGCCGGCAAUACGCUGGAACGCCAUGGGUUGAUUGAUGUGGAUGUGCCGGGUUUACUGGAGUUGACGGGCGUAACGCAAGCCGGCACUCCGACCGCUAGUGGGAUGAGUGAUUUCGAUUAUCAGCAACUCAGCAAUCUAUCGAUGGGUUUCAAGGACUUGAAUCAGCUCUGCACGGUCAAUAAGGUUCCUAUACCUUCGGAAAUUAUGGAACAUUUUAACCAUAUAAAAUGUCACUGUAUGAUGGGAUUGUUUCCCGAAAUCGGACGAGCGUGGCUUACAAUCGAUACGGAUUUAUAUAUAUGGACGUAUGAAAAUGCGCGAGAUGUGGCCUACUUCGAUGGGCUGUCGCAGGUUAUCAUUAGCGUUGGGUUGGUAACACCCAAACCCGGCUUAUUUGUCGCCGACGUGAAGUAUCUGCUCAUCAUUACCACGCCGAUAGAAAUUGUCGUCCUCGGGGUAACGUUCGGUGAUGCCAACAAUGGGACACCGAACCGCAGCCUGUCUUCCCAGUGCAGCGAAGAGAUGCAGCUAAUGCAUACGCCCAUUUUUGUGCUUAACACCGACAACGUUGCCAUAAUGUGUGUGCAGGGUACGGACGAUGGAAGAAUUUUCCUCGGCGGUCGCGACGGAUGUCUGUACGAGGUCAGCUAUCAGGCGGAAUCGAACUGGUUCGGAAAACGAUGUCGCAAGAUUAACCAUUCGCAGGGGCUGAUGUCCCAUCUGGUGCCUGGGAUAUUUAAAAUAUUUACCGAAACCGACUCGGUAGAGAAGAUUACCGUUGACAACACACGCAACUUGCUGUACGUGCUCAUGUCCAAGGGUUCCAUAGAAGCUUGGGAUUUGGGUAAAGAUGCGGGAAGCACCAGACGUAUCGCAAGACUUUCCUACAAGGAAAUCAUCUCGAGUGCGUCGAUGAUUUUACGCACAAUCGAUCCGGCAGUGUUUCAUCCAAUUACCGCCAUCUGCCCAUUGACGUCGGAAGAUUCGUCCAGCUUACAUCUCGUUGCGAUCGCAGAGAGUGGGGUGCGAUUCUAUUUCUCCACUGUUCCACUACACUUGCAUGGGUUUUACAUUCAGCAGCAGCAAUUGUUACAACAGCAGCAGCAGCAGCAACAGCAGGCACUGUUUCAACAACAGCAACUGCAACAGCAGUUCCAAUUGCAGCAGCAGCAGCAACAACAACAGCAGCAGCAACACCAACAACAGCAGCACCAGCCGCAGCAACAUCAACAGCAUCAACAACAUCAACAGCAGCAGCAGCAGCAGCAACAGCACCAAAUGCAGCAACCAUCACAGCAAAACCUUGCAAAUCAAGAGAUCCAACAAAAUGCCAACAACAAUCUUCCCGAACCACCCCAAAGCAAACCUCAAGGGCUGUAUUUACUGCACGUGCGUGUGCCACCCGGCAUUACAGGCAGUUUACUCUUGACGAAACCAAAGCUGGUCCACUCUGCCCACUACAUCCAAGGAUCGCUCCUGAUGAUAUCGCGACAGCAGCAGGACCAAGAUUUGCUCACAUGCCUCAGCUCGGAACAGUUCCAGUCGCAGCACAAUUUGGUCGAGUCCACCACCUACAUGCCACUGGACGGGCAGGUAUGGGCCAUUGCCGAUGUGAUGCGCAAAGAUCGCGUUUCGAUCAGCACUCCGUUGCGCAAGGCUCAGAAUCCUCGGAAGGUGGCCCUGCUAACGAACCAGGGUGUGCACAUCGUGUCGAUACUACAGUCGGUUGACAUCCUCCAACAACUGCUCGUCGGUUGCCACGGCCCACACAACGAAGCGGUCAAGAUGUACUUCAGCAAGCAGACGGAACCGGAAGCUUGCGCUACGGCCCUUUUACUAGCUUGUCGCGAAUCGAUCCGCGGUACGGAGGUCGGUGAUUGGGCAACGCAAGCAUUCAUACUGUAUGGUGGCGAACCGUACUUUGACACACCCAUGUUAAACGACAACAGACAACUAGGCUUCAAUUCUCCACUGUCCGGUGGAACUUACGGCGGUGCGAUGGAUUCUACCUUGCAGCAGAAUGCGAACUUUGGACCGGGUGGACGUUUGUUUGCUUCCACACCGUACUCGACACCUGGCCGUGGUAUGGUGUCGCCGGUACUUCAACAACAACCAAGGCAAAACACGUCCAUGUACGGCGGUGCAGCUCCGGCAUCGAAUUUAAACAACAACAAUGAAACGGUCGAAACGACACUGUUUCACUAUUCUGCCAAACAUGCCGGGUUGUAUUUGUAUAUGAGCCGGAUGUUGCGCAGCAUUUGGCGCAAACCUUGUUUGGACGAACGCUUUUACUCGUCCAUCUCGCACCAGGACUGUGUAGUGCUGCUGGAAGACCUUUACGCCAUCCGACGGUUCCUGGAGAAUGUGACGGCGAACAAUUUGCUCGGAUACACCGGUGGUCGAAGUAAUGGUACGUCGGUGAAGCCCAAUGUUGGGAGUCUUGUAUCGGGAACGGGUUCAUCGUUCGCCCACGGACAAUCCGGACUGUUGCUGAGUGGUGGCGCUGAACGGGUUGGGUACGGUGGUAGUUUACUAUCUUCCCAGCCAGGAUACAGCAUAGCCGGCGGUGCCGGUGCUAGUGGUUACGUAUAUCCUCAGGGUAAUGCUGUCCUGGUACAGAAAAACUGCACCGAAGAAGCGUUGGCAGAGGAAAAAAAAUCUCUGCAAGCGUUAGUGCGUUUAAUAAAACAAACAUGCGAAGUUGUUGGUCUUUGGAAAGUCAUCUGCGAACACCAGUGCCAUCUGUUGGUGGGGAAGCUAACGAAGGACGAGCAAGCCGUACUGAAGACAUGCACCUUCAGCGAUUUAGUAUUGUCACGCAGCGACGUUUGCGGACUGCUGAUCGUGACGCUGAUCAAUUCGUAUUUGGCCGACAACGCAAGUGUCGGGUCGAUUUCUUCCAAGCUGCGCGAAGUGUGUCCAACGCUGUACCGGCAGGAGGAUGCCGUUUCGCACAAGGCUACGGAAAUUUUACUCCUUUCGCGCGGUUGUACCGAUCGUGACAAGAAGGAGGAACGCUUGCGUACGGCUCUGCAGCUUUGCAAGAGUGCCGCACCCAAUUUGCCACUCGCGGCCUUAUGCCAACAGUUUGUUUCGGCCGCGUUUUACAGCGGUGUAAUCGAGCUGUGUACGGUCUGUGCCGCGAAAAGCGAUCCAAACGAAGCCGGGCUGCUGUUCUACCGCAAUAACGAUGCGAUGGACAACCAAGAAGGGUUCAUCGCAUUCCAGAACCGAAUGAACUGGUACAAGGAGGUGAAGGUAAUGCUGGACUACGUUUACGAUGCGGCCGGAAACGGUGGCCAUCAACCGAAAGCGGACGGCAUCUACCCAUCGCUGGAUGACGAUGAGGAUCGUGUGACGGGUAAUCAGGAGGUGCUGAACAUCAUCGGACAAGCGCUGCUCAGUACCGACCAGCUGCUCCACAUUGCCAUCUACGAGUGGUUGCUGUCGAAGAACUUGUUUGCCGAGCUGCUGGAAAUUACCGAACCAUCGCUCGGUGUGUUCCUGAGUCGGGCGAUGGUACGCACGCCAGAAAAUCUAGUGCUCGCCGAUCUGCUCUGGAAGUAUCAUGAGCGCAAUGGGCAGCAUGCGGCCGCAGCCAAAAUUCUCGACAAGCUCGCUAACUUUGCGAGCGAUAGUAUCAAUCUGCAGCAACGCAUUGAGUAUCUUGCCCGGGCCGUAAUGUGCAUGCGAUCGGAAUCGGUCGGCUUUUCUGCCCACAACGGUGUGCUGUUGAAGGAUCUGGAGGACAAGCUGGAGGUAGCACAAAUCCAGCGCCAGGUGUACGAUGCCUUGGCACUGUUGACGCAGCACACCGAGGAACGGUACGAUGCACUCAAGCUGCUCGACUCCAAUCUGUACAAUUUGACGCAACUUUACUCCGACUUUGCGGAGCAGUACGAGCUGUGGGAGUGCAAGCUGACGAUACUGAAUUGUUCGCACCACAACGAUCCACUGCUAAUCGAGUCCGUGUGGACGCACAUUUUAGAUCGGGAGCUGCAGGGACGGGAUAGUUGCGCGGAACGCUGCCGGCGGUUGUUGGCGAAGGUUAAGAGCUUGGCGCUCGAGUAUGACAGUUCCGGUUGCUGUUUUCCUCUCGCGUUUAUUGUGCGCGAGGUCGAGAUUCGUUGCUUCCGGUUGGGCAUGUACAAUUCGCCCGUCCCGGAUGCAUUGAUCGAGAUGAGCUUGGACAUCGAGGAGCUGUUGAAUAUUUACUCACGGCUAGUGUCGAUGAACGAACGCGUCUGGGUGACGGAGGAUGAUGAACUGUAUCUGAUCCGGUCAACCUCCGCGCUGUUAUCGCUGAUCGUUAAUCAACCGAAGCUGAUCCCGUUCAAGGAUCGUCGGAAGGUAAUGUCGAAAUCGCAGGAUCUUAUCUCGGCGGCGCUCAAUAUGCUCUACACCAAACCGGACACCCAACCGUUGAUCGAUGUGUUCCGCGACACACAAUCGAAACUGCAGCGAAUUUUGUAA